UCAAAGCGCGUACACACGCAACCAUGUCUUCUCUGCCCGCCCUGCUCCGCGGCGAGCGCCCCCCCGCCGACCGGAAGAACAGCAAGUCCGAGUCCGGCACAAGCAACAGCACUGACGACUUCACCGUGGCCCUUUCCAGGGUGAUGGUUUCCGAUGGCCUUGGCGGUCAGGAGUCCACUGUCUGCGAGGACACCAUCCUGGCGCGCAAGGCCUUCAACGGCGCCGACUCGCUCAUGGUUGACAUCAAUGCCACGCAGAAGAUCAUCAUUCCGCUGUCUGAUGUGAUCGAGUACAACUGCAUCGGCAAGUCCCUGGUCCUGCGCACUGCUGGCUCGACCGAUGAGGGUGCCAGCUCCACGAUCAUCUAUUACUUCAUCGUGGCCUCCGGCGCGCCGGAGAUGGCCUUGCCCGCGAUCGACAAGGUCCUUCUCCAGGGCUUGUGGCGUGUCCGCCAGCCUGGUGCCGCUGGCUCUCGGCCCACCGCCCAGCAGCUGGAGGAGCUUCGUGGCUUCCGCUCGCUCAAGGAGGCCUGCGAGCAGAGCGACUCCGACAACGAUGAGUUUGCCGACGCCAUUGAAAAUCCCCAGAAGAGCAUCCAGCCGAUGAUUGCCCUCUGCCGGAUGCCGGCCGGCUUUGUGUCCGAGAAGGUGGCCGAGUAUGCGGUGGACAUUGCUCUCUUCCACGAGCAGGCCUUCGUCCCCUACCGGCCGGACUCCACCCUGACGCUUUUUGUCGACAAGAAGUCCAAGAUCACCUACCUCAGCCUGAAGGUCAACUCCGGCGAGGAGGUCGUCCGUGAGCCCCUGUCGCCGGAGCUGCGCAUUGACUUUGGCGGGCUGGAGGCGUACAACAUGGACUUCGCCUUCCUGACCUUCCCCUCGGAGAAUGUCAUGGUCUGCUGGGGCCUGCGGGCCGGGGAUCGCGACCAACUGGUCACCCUGCGCACGCAGAUCAGCAAGGGCCUCCAGCGGAAUGCCAUGCUCAGUGUCGAUGACGACAGCGCCUUCUUCGCGCCGAUGGAGGUGGACCCGGCCACGCAUGGCCUGAUCAAGGCCGGGGGCGCCGGCGAGGGCCCCCUUGUGCAUGAGCAGUACAUUCGCGACUUCGAGUCCUCUGAAGACGAGGAUAGCAGCGACGAGGACGAGCCCGAUGUCAAGGGCGCUGUUCGGCCCUCCCGGCGCUCGGCGGCUGCCGAUGACAGCGACGAGAGCGAUAGCGAUGACGAGGAGGAGGAGGAGCAGGUCCCGGCGGCGCGCCUGCGCCGGAGCGAGCGCCUCAAGAACCAGCGCCGGUCGGAGGCCGAGCGCAAGUUCCUGGCCACCGUUCUGGCCCCGGGGACCGGACACGAUCUGGUGGUCGGCUACAGCGGGGACGCCCAGCGCAGCUACAUCCUGCGCGGGUCGCAGGUCGGCAUUUACCGCCACCUGUAUGACCUGUCGCCGGCCGAGCUGGCCGACACCGAUGGUGUGGCCUUCCAGGGCGUGCACCAGCUGACCGACUCGAAAAAGAAGGCCAUCACCCCUUCGCAGAUGGUGGUGGCCGACAAUGCCCGCUCGAUUGCCCUGCUGACGGACGGCUUCAGCAAGAUGGAUAUCGAGACUGGUGUGGUGACGGAAUAUGAGGCCCCGUCCCAGACCAUCCGCGCCCUCAGCGGCCGGAGCAAGUUCUCCCAGAUGUCCGACGAGAAGACCUUCGUCGGUAUCAGCAAGAACAAGCUCCACAUCCUGGAUUCGCGUGUGGCCAAGGUCGACACUGGUGUCGGCAUGGAGUACAAGGACUCCACUCGGACCAACUUCCUGCAGGUGUGCACCACCAACGACGGCCACAUUCUGGCCGUCAGCCAGGAUGGCACUCUGCGCCUCUACGACAAGCCGGACAUCCGUGCCAAGAACCUCUACAAGCCGCUGCCGGGCCGUGUUGUCAGCUGCGAUGUCACCGCCGACGGGAACUACAUCCUCCUGGCCUUCACGGAUUGCGUGCUGCUGAUCAACAACUCCUAUGCCGAUACCAAGGCUGCGGCCAACGGCUUCUCCAAGGUCAUCCCCAAGGACCGCAAGCCGGUGGCCAUCCGCCUGAUGCUCAAGCCCCUGCACUUGAAGCAGCUCCUCCGUUCGUCGUCGGCCGCCUUCACCAACGCCUACUUCAGUGUCGGUGACAAGGUUGAGCGCUCCAUCAUCGCCACUGUCGGCAACCUGAUGAUCCGCUGGUCCAUGCGUGCCGUGCUGCGCGGGCACCUUGACGAGUACACUGUCUCCCAGCAGAACUCGGCCAUUCUGGACUUCGGGUCGCUGUACUCCUUCACCAACACCUCGCGCCGCAUUGCGCCGGUGUCUCUGUCGCUCAACCAUGACCUGGUGUCGACCAACCGCUUCAUGGAUCCCACGCGGGCCACUCCUCCCCCCCGUGGUGCCAAUGCCGGGAUCUCCGAGUUUGACGGGCCGGUUCGUCGCAAGUAGGCAGUCGACACGUGCUGGCUGUGCGCCUGCGUCCAUUGGACCUCCCCUGACCCGGGCUGGGGAGGUGCCCCCUUUGCUGCUUCCGCUGGUGAGGUGAUUCUUCGCUUCCCCUCGCCCAUGGCACCGACAACAGUGCCGCCCGCCGUGUGACAUAUGCGGGGGGAAAUGGGACAACAUUGCUCCCGAAUUCAAUAUGUAUCUUUCC